CAACAGCCACAGCGCAACAUCAAAUAGAAGAACAAGAAGAAAAAAGGCUGAAAUCAAUAACAAAAUUCAAAUAUAAAAAAUCAUAAGGAAAAAUGUCCUGCAAUUAUUAUUUCGCUAUAGUGGGUCACAAUGACAACCCAAUCUUUGAGAUGGAAUUCGCCAGCACCAACAAAGAGCAGAAAAAAGAGGAUCACAGGCAUCUCAACCAAUUUAUUGCCCAUGCAGCCCUUGAUCUAGUAGAUGAGCACAAAUGGAAGACCAACAACAUGUACAUAAAGUCAAUAGAUAAGUUCAAUCAGUGGUUCGUGUCAGCUUUUGUAACAGCCAGCCACAUGAGAUUCCUCAUGGUUCAUGACACCCGGAAUGAUGAGGGCAUUAAAACCUUCUUCAUGGAAAUGUACGAGACUUACAUCAAGUACUCAAUGAAUCCCUUCUACACCAAGAAUACACCCAUCCGUUCGGUAACAUUUGACAAGAAAGCGCAGCUCUUCGGCCGGAAAUACCUGGUUUCCUGAGGUCUUGGGGAACUCAUAAACUUCUAGGGCAAAUAAAGACUCAUCUGGGAAACUAACUUCCAAGCGGAAUUUAUUGAACUUGCGCUCUCAUCAUACUAUUUCAAAUAAAUACACAAGAAUUUAUUAUUUUCACCUCCGGAAAGUCCUGGGAAAAUGGGUUGAAACUUCUAAGUUGUUUGUGAAAUAGAAUAUGUGCAAAUAUCGAGA